AUGGCAGGAAUGUUGGUAUUCAUGAGCAACCUGCCCCCGAAGAUGACUGAAGAGGGCCUGAGGAUACAGCUGUUGCCUUUGAUCACUGAACACGGCGUUCACGAUUGGUCCUGCCAGAAGCCAAAAGGGAAGAAUAUAGGCUUUCUCUCUUUCCUCCGUCGCCGUGAAGGCGAAUGGUUUUUGGCCAGUUAUGGAGAGCAGAUCAUCCCGGGAGCAAUCGGGCCAGACGGCAAGCAGCGAUCCCGCUCUCGUCUGAAGCUCCUACGCAUGUCCGUCUUUUGCAAGCAAUCCGACAAGCCCUUGGAUCCGUUCCUGUACAAAACCUUGGUCAAAGCAGCUGAGGACCGUGCCCACGAAGAUGAAAACGAGCAGGAGCCACAGAAGCAUACUGUUGUCACCUUUGAAAUGCGAAGCCUUUCUUGUGGACACUUCGAAUAUCUGCGCGACCACCUAGCCUACACUGCAGAUAUCGAGUGGAACCAGCAGGGGAUUGCCAAGUUCGCCAGAGAUGCUCUGAUCGUAUCUUUCGACAUUCAAAGCGGGCCCUUCCGUGUUGAGAUGCCAUACAGGAUCAUCCACGAUAUCACCACCUGUACUCGCCCAUCAUCCUUGGUCCUGACCCUUCUGGAAGCACCGAGAUUCUUCGGUCCAAUCAGCGACCAGGGGAUUGCCGGCAUAAUGGCCCAAUUGGGCCUCACCGACAGCCCCCAGCCUGCGAGCGAUACAACGAGAACUCGCCUCAGCCACAUUCCACACCACACGGAUCAUCGUGAUAUCAUGGGGCAGUGUCUCGCCUAUCGCAUUGAACUGUCGGCAGCGGACUUCCACCUGAAGGUUAAGAAACUGAAGGAGAAAGACCACCUCAACUUCACCUACUACAAUUUUACGUACUACCCACACGGUCGGACCUAUAUGGUUGAUGGGCUGCAAGAUUUUCGAGGCAUGAUCAACUUAUGCUCCAAGAGCAUCCCCUUUGACGUCUUGUUUCAAUUACAGGCACUUGUCCAGAACGGAUAUCUUUUGCCACAGACUGUCGUGAGCAUAUUGGCUCGUCUCCAUAAGAGCUCGAAGCACACCCUCGGGGCUGCGGUGAAUCAUGGUGUGAGCAUAGGUCAUCGUGUGUCCGCCAGGACCAAUGGCACAUCGAGUAUUUCAGACUGCAAUGACAGCAAUGGGGUCGGAUGUCCAGGGCUAUUCUCGGCGAGCGCAGUGAGGAAGAUAUUCGCCCAGAUUGCAUUUCCUGGACCGGACACAAAAGCCUGCCUCUUUGAUCCCAACGAGAUCUGGACUUGGCUUGAGGCUAACGAGAAGGAGGUACAAGAGGGAAUCACCAGACCCCUGAUUACCGAGCGAGCGCGAGAGAAUCGGACCAUGAUACACAAAGUACACGUCACUCCUAGCCGAAUAAUUCUCCUCGGGCCUGAAGCUGAGGCCAAGAACCGCAUUCUGCGCAAGUUUAGCCACCAUACAGGCUACUUUGCUCGGGUUCAAUUCUGCGACGAGGACGGUCAAGACCUCUUCUACAAUCCCAAGGUAUCACUGAGCGAGGUAUAUGACAGGUACAAGCAAGUUCUCCUGACUGGAAUACCGAUCGCCGGAAGGGUGUAUCAGUUUUUAGGUUUCUCGCAUUCCUCACUUCGGGCGCGUGCUGUUUGGUUUAUGGCUCCAUUCGUUGACCAUAACGGACAGUCCCAGACUUACCAUUCUGUCAUAGUGGAUCUUGGUCGCUUUCAAAACAUAUUUUGUCCCGCAAGGUGUGCUGCCAGGAUUGGCCAGGCCUUUUCUGAGACGCCAUUCUCUGUUGACCUAGACCAGUUGGGUGCUCACGUAUACCUUUUGCCAGACGUUAAGUCCGCGGACGGGGCAAGAGUGUUCAGCGACGGUGUCGGAACAAUAUCAAGGGACUUGAUGGAAGCUAUCCAGGAGGCCAUCCCGCACAGGGCUGGUUCGGCAACCUGCUUCCAGAUUCGGUGGGCCGGUGCGAAAGGCAUGUUAUCCCUUGACGAUACGCUAGAAGGUAUGGUGAUGCGUGUUCGUUCAAGCAUGAUCAAAUUCGAAAGCGACGACAAGCAAAACCUGGAAAUAUGCGAUGUUGCAAACAAGCCUGUCCCACUUGUUCUAAAUCGUCAAAUAAUCAAGAUCAUGGAAGAUAUGGGAGUCCCCGACGCCUGGUUUCUCAAGGCCCAAAGCCGAGAGCUUGCUCGUCUAUGCAAGAUCACGGGGAAUGUCGACAACACAGUGAUCUUCCUGAAGAGACAGAUGAUCGCGGACCAGAUGCGAUUCUUCCAAUUCAUUCGCCGCUUGCACAAACUCGGAAUUGACUACAAGAAGGACAGGUUCCUCUGUUCUAUCGUGGAGACCGUCAUUCUACGUGAGGUACGCUUGCUCAAGCACAAGGCGCGGAUCCCCAUCGAGAAAGGUGUCACAUUAUUCGGUGUGAUGGAUGAGUUUGGUUAUCUAGGAGAAGACGAAGUCUAUAUCACGUACGGGCACUCCGACGGAGCGCCACAUCACCGAGAUUUGCACGAUCGACUUGUCAUACUCACCCGAAGCCCUGCACUCCAUCCGGGCGAUGUUCAGAUUCGCAGAGCGAUCGUCCCGCCCGAUGGACACCCCCUUCGAAGCCUGACCAACUGUAUUGUCUUCAGUCAGAAGGGUGAAAGGGACCUUCCUAGCCAGCUCAGCGGUGGAGAUCUUGACGGAGACAAAUUCCACGUGAUCUAUGACGAUGUUGCAGUUGAGGGCUCGAAGCGGGAGUUCAAACCGGCCGAUUAUCCUCGUGUGUCGCUUCUUGACGUUGGCCGCGAAGUGACCCGCGAGGAUAUGACCGACUUCUUCGUCAAUUUCAUGUCGACUGAUCAACUCGGCGUGAUCGCUACCAGACAUCAGAUUCUCUCUGACAUGCAUGCGGCCGGUACUUUGCACGAGGGGAGCCAAAUGCUGGCUGAGAUGCAUUCAAUGGCAGUCGAUUACUCCAAGACCGGCAUAGCUGUACCGAUGUCUAAGUUGGAUAACCCCCCCCCCCCCCUUCCUGUCUCAGCUUCAAUCGACCCGCAAACCGCCAAUUAUACCCCUGACAGUAAUAUCUUUGCUGACCUCAUAGCUAGCAUGGCCCCGUCCCCCACUGCGAAUAUUAUCGACCGAACUGAGAUCCAGUUCGAGGCUCCUGUCGCACCUGCGACUGACUACGACGAAGACGACGAUACGGGCCCGAAGUACAAGUACUACAAGUCGGAAAAGAUACUUGGAAAGUUGUAUCGCGCGAUCGACGAAAAGAAGACAUGGAAGAAUGAUAUCCACCUGACUGUCAAUCAGUACGAUGCCUCGGUUUGGGACGGAGUCUUACUCUACACUAAUCGCAAAUGUGAAGAGCUUGGUGGCGUCGACUGGAAGUCAGCGUUGAAAGAGGCUCGGAGCAUUCGGCAAGCCUACGACGACCAGAUCUGGAAUGCGACGUUCGAGUUCUCGGAACAUUCAUCCAUGGGGCUCACGGAGCUUGAGGUAUUCACAGGCUCUAUCUUCAAUAAGUCGGGGAAGCAGACGCCGCGGCAGCGAGACAAAUCGACGCAACUCAAGGACGAAUUCGACCGCAUUUCCAAAUGGGCAGAGGACCUCAUUCGAAAGCAAGGAGAUAAACCGCCAGGAGACUAUAAUGACGAUGACACUGAGGACGAGGAUGACGCCUAUCAGGGCUCAUCGCCGCUAGAACUCAGCAUCGCUUGUCUUCAUGUCGGUGUCGAAAGGGCGACUUUCGAGCCCGGAUCCAACAGAAGGGGAGGGGGCGAUUUUCAGAGCUUCAAGAUCGUGGCAGCCCAUUGUGCGCUGCGUGAACUCGAGCACGCCAUCAAGCAGGGUGAGAUUGCGGCCGGGGUUGCAGUCAUGGGAGGUGGAUUUCCCGGCGUAAACGCAGGAAGAUCCUAG